GGAGUGUCAGUGACUGCAAUGCACCAGAAGGACUCGAACCACGAGCCUCUUUACGCGAAUUCCACCAUGUCCAAACCUGGUGUUGGUGGAGAUCCCGCUGUUUCCCGAAGUGAUGUGGUUGCUAAGCAAACCAUCCAGGAUUCCCACGAAUACAUGGAGAUGAAGGCAAUAGCUGACCCUGGUAUUUCACCCAACCAUCAAACCACUCUACCUGAUAACUCUUCUUCUCUGCAUCCAACACAGUCAGCAUGUGCUUCAAAUCUGAAAGGGGGUUCAACUUCAGAUGCCAUACUUCAACAAAACUUGAAUUCCUGUGACGGGGGAUACAUAUCUUGCUCAGUUCCUUUAACAUUUCACAAGAGAGGAGUUGCAACAGAGAGUAUUGAUUCGGUGAUCACCACAUACUUAUGAAUUAUAUCCCAAUGAUUGAAUUGAAAAGUUGUCAUAUUCCAUAGCUAGAAAAAUGACUUGUUUCCGGCUUAAAUAGUUAGAAUAGAACAAA